CCUCGCCUGUCUCGCAAAGGUCACCAUAGAGCAACCACACCAAGCAGCAUCGAUCUAUCUAUCCGUGUCUCUGAUCUCUCUCGUGCAAGCUAGGAAAGCCCGCACGUACGCGAAGCCGAGAAGCUUCCACCAUGGCCAGCACAUCAGCCAGCGGGCGGCUGCUCUUCUCGCUCUCGCUCGUCGUCCUUGUGCUCCUCGUGGAGACCACUGCUCCCCAUGGACAGGCUGAGGCCAUCGACUGCGGCGCGAGCUGCGCGUACCGGUGCAGCAAGUCGGGGCGGCCCAAGAUGUGCCUUCGGGCGUGCGGCACCUGCUGCCAGCGCUGCGGCUGCGUCCCGCCGGGCACCUCCGGCAACGAGAACGUCUGCCCCUGCUACGCCAACAUGACAACCCACAACGGCAAGCACAAGUGCCCGUGAACCAACCGUGCAUCCUACUCAUCACUCCCGGCCGGCCAGCAGCAUCAUCUAUAUACAUAUCAGCCUACCAAGACAUGCACGAUAUGCAUGCAUGAUACUGCUUCAUCCUACCUAUAUAUAUACGCCAUCCGUCAAUUGUGUACGCGUGCUUUCAGCCUACGUGCAGUAUACUACCAUUACUCUGAAUUGCGCAAAAAUCAGAGCUCUCUGUAUUCCGAUCAUACGUACACGUACAUGAAUAAACAGAAGAUAUAAAACUAUACUAGUA